AAGCAGCUUGAAUGACGUCUCUGGGAAAGCUGGUGAAAACUAAUCGUGCAUGGUGAGUCCAUCUGUGAGUCAUUCAUUUGUCUUACUUGUAUACUAUAUGAUUUUUGGGGGGGCGGAGGAGAAGGAAAUAAAGAAGUAGAGAUUGUUAGCAUUUUCGUCCAGUUCGAAGAGUCUGAAUGCCCACCAACGGUAGGCGUUUCAUUUGGGGAGAUAUUUUGUGAUGAUAUGGACUCCGGGUCGACCGACACGCAGCAGGCAGAUCGUAGCGGACCCGCCAGAUCCGUCACUGCGCUCAUGUGAAGUUUGGCUCUGCGAAAAGGAUGUCACCCAGUUCUGCUGGAUCUAAUAUCAAAGAGCAUUUUUAAAGGUUGUUUGAUCUGUUCGGUAUUUUAAUUCUGUGAAAGAUAUAUUAGGAUUUUUCUCAGUUUUGAUCGGAUCCCUUUUUCUUUUACUGUGAACCUACUCAUCUAGGUGUUGCUUUGACUGAUAGCCUACUGUCAUGCAUAUUUUUUGGCGUAAACUAUUUUAUUAAUGUUUUCUCAGACAAAUGGAUGUCAAUUACCUCUUUUCACUGAGCGAUUUGUAUCCCUGUCAGUUUUUUUCUAUUCAACAAGCUAAGCGAGCACUGGUAAUCAAGCGAUGGGCGCAGUUUGCCUGAGUAGGAACCGAAUGCGUCUCGAUUUUUUUAAUGCAGCUUGUUGAAUCUCCUCCUAGGUAAUAGGAAUGGGCUCGUAUUGACAAACUUUACAGCCAUUUGGGUGGUAACAGGCGGUUUACAGCUUCCCUUUCCCUAAAACUAACUCAGCUGUCAGAGCAUCAUGGCUCGUUACGGUUUCGGACUGAAACAGAACCCUCGCUUUCUAUGGAUAGUGUUUUGUUUGACGAGAACGUUGUUGGAUUUCGCGCGGUCGCAAGAAGUUUACGCACCCCAUUCUAUCAGGAUUGAGGGACAUUUGACCCUGGGUGGUCUCUUCCCCGUGCACACCAGAGGGACCGACGGCGUGCCUUGUGGAGAUAUCAAAAAGGAGAACGGGAUCCAUCGGCUUGAGGCCAUGCUGUAUGCUCUGGAUCAAAUCAACCUCGACGAUCAACUUUUACCCAACAUCACCCUAGGCGCCCGGGUGCUAGAUACUUGUUCGAGAGAUACAUAUGCGCUGGAACAAUCAUUAACUUUCGUUCAGGCUUUGAUACAGAAGGACACUUCGGAUGUGAGGUGCACCAAUGGAGAACCGCCGUUGUUCGUCAAGCCCGAGAAAGUGGUUGGAGUCAUUGGCGCCUCGGCAAGUUCUGUAUCGAUUAUGGUCGCCAAUAUUUUGCGCCUCUUUCAGAUCCCUCAGAUCAGCUAUGCCUCCACGGCCCCAGAGCUGAGUGAUGACCGGCGCUAUGACUUCUUCUCUCGGGUGGUUCCCCCAGACUCAUUUCAGGCCCAGGCAAUGGUGGACAUCAUCAGAGCCCUGGACUGGACCUACGUCUCCACCGUUGCCUCUGAGGGCAGCUAUGGAGAGAAGGGCGUGGAGGCCUUCCAACAGAUCUCCAAAGAGGCUGGUGGGAUCUGCAUCGCUCAGUCUUUGAAAAUUCCCCACAACCCCAAGCUGGAGGAUUAUGACGAAGCCAUCCAACAACUGCUGGAAACGCCCCACUCCCGGGGAGUCAUCAUCUUUGCCAGUGAAGAAGACGUACGGGGACUUCUCAAUGCCACCAAGAGAGCCAAUCAGGUGGGCCAUUUCCUGUGGAUUGGGUCGGACAGUUGGGGGGCGAAGAGCAGCCCAAUACACCAGUUGGAGGACGUGGCAGUGGGAGCAGUCACUAUACUGCCCAAACGCUCAUCUAUUAAAGGGUUUGAUGAAUACUUCACCUCGCUCACCCUGGAGAAUAAUCGCCGGAACGUGUGGUUCGCCGAGUUCUGGGAGGAGAACUUUGACUGCAGGCUCCUUAGUUCCUCCAAAAGAGAGGACACCAGCAGGAAAUGCACAGCUCAAUUGGUAGAGCAUGGCACUUGCAACGCCAGGAUAGUGGGUUCGAUUCCCGGGACCACCCGCCAGGAGCGGAUCGGAAUAGACUCAAAGUACGAGCAGGAGGGGAAGGUGCAGUUUGUGAUAGACGCGGUGUACGCAAUGGCUCACGCCCUCCACAACAUGCAGAGAGACCUGUGUCCUGAGCACUCUGGCAUCUGCCCUGUGAUGGAGGCAGCCGAGGGGAAGACUCUGCUCAAGUACAUACGCAACGCCAGCUUCAACGGUAGUGCAGGCACGUCGGUUAUGUUUAAUAAAAACGGCGACGCCCCGGGACGCUACGACCUGUUCCAGUUUCAGAUGACCAACUCCAGUGUUCCUGAAUACAGGCCCAUCGGACAGUGGGUGGAGACUCUCCAACUCAGGCUGGAGGAGCUGCAGUGGCCAGAGGGGGAGCAGGCGGUCCCUAUUUCCAUGUGCAGUCUGCCCUGUAAGACAGGUGAGAGGAAGAAGAGGGUGAAGGGCAUGCCAUGCUGCUGGCACUGUGAGCUGUGUGAUGGUUACCAGUACCAGUAUGAUGAGACCUCAUGCCGCCUUUGCUCUUAUGACAUGAGGCCCAACCCCAACCGGACGGAGUGCCAACCUAUCCCCAUUGUCAAGCUGGAGUGGCACUCCCCCUGGGCCGUCAUUCCCGUGUUCCUCGCCAUGCUGGGUAUCAUCGCCACUAUCUUUGUCAUGGCAACGUUCAUACACCACAACGACACACCCAUCGUACGUGCGUCAGGCCGCGAGCUGAGUUACGUGCUGCUGACGGGCAUCUUCCUGUGUUACAUUAUCACCUUCCUGAUGAUUGCCAAGCCCGAUGUGGGCGUGUGCUCCUUCCGGAGGAUCUUCCUGGGCCUGGGGAUGUGUAUCAGCUAUGCCGCGCUGCUCACCAAGACCAACCGGAUCUACCGGAUCUUUGAACAGGGGAAGCAGACAGUGACAGCCCCGCGCUUCAUCAGCCCCACCUCCCAGAUCGCCAUCACCUCCUCCCUCAUCUGUCUGCAGCUGCUGGGCGUGCUCGUCUGGUUCGCCGUGGACCCCCCGAACACCAUCAUCGACUACGACGAGCAGAAGACCAUGAACCCCAACCUAGCGCGUGGGGUGCUGAAGUGUGACAUCACGGACCUGCAGAUGAUCUGUUCGCUGGGCUACAGCAUCCUGCUGAUGGUCACAUGUACCAUCUACGCUAUCAAGACCCGCGACGUGCCAGAAGACUUCAACGAGGCCAAGCCCAUCGGCUUCACCAUGUACACCACUUGUAUAGUCUGGCUGGCCUUCAUCCCCAUCUUCUUUGGCACAGCCCAGUCUGCAGAGAAGCUGUACAUCCAGACAACCACCCUCACCAUCUCUAUGAACCUCAGUGCAUCUGUAGCUCUCGGGAUGCUCUACAUGCCCAAGGUCUACGUCAUCAUCUUCCACCCAGAGCUCAAUGUCCAGAAGAGGAAGAGGAGCUUCAAGGCCAUGGUCACCGCUGCCACCAUGUCCUCCCGCAUCUCUGUGAAGCCCAGCGAGAGGCCCAAUGGAGAGGCCAAGACCGAGUUGUGUGAAAACCCACCCAUCGCACCCACCGACCCCAUGAGUCAAGCUACGAAGAAAACAUAUGUGAGUUACAACAACCUCAGGAUCUAAUGGCCUCCCAGGGAAUGCUCCGUGUCCUUACUCUGGGAUGAUGACCAUAACUGGGGAGCACAGGAAGAGAAGACGGGCAGGGGCAGGGGCAGGGGCAGGGGUAGGGACAGGGACAGGGACAGGCUGCCUAGAUAGUACUAUGGUUUCCAGGACUGUGGAUGGUGUCAACCUUUAUAAUGUUUGUCUUCUGAAGAGGAAGAUUAAGGGGGAAAGGAAAAAUGGAGGGAUGGAGAUAUUUGAUAUGAGCAGUGAAUGAUGAAGAGAUAGCUAGCUGUAGGAUCGCAACUGGGCCCUGAUCCAUGCUGUUCUGUUCUGAUCUGUUCUAGAACCAGACUGUGGGUUCUUAGAACCUCUGUAGUGUGUUCCCUUAUCUCUGAAACAGUCAGUGAUGUGAACAACCUCUGUGAUACAGGAGUCAGUCUAAGUCAUCCCUGAGAAAAAAAGAAGACUGGACAGUUUAUUUAAAUGUUUUUUUUGUUGUAAUAUCCAUUAAAGCCAUAUUCUCUUGCAGUGCCCAUGGUUUGUUUUUAAGUUAAGUGAGGUUUCUUCUGAGUUCCUUGUGCCUGAACUUACAUUUAUUUUUUCAACAUAAUAUUAUGUUGAAUUUCGACCUUGACUGAAUCACCAUGACUAGCAAGCUCUGCCACAUGCGUUUUGUUUUUAUGAAAUCCACUCACAUUAAUCAUUUUAACAUGAAUAACUAUGUCAGCGUGAUGAGCAAUGUAUCUAUAUUUUUUUGUAAAUAUCUGAGAGUAUUUUCAUGUUUGGAUAACAACAACAAAAAUAUCCAGUAUAUGUUUAAUUGGCUUUGGAUGGUAACUAAAAAGCAGCACACACUGUACACAUUGCAUGUGCGAAUGUAUGUCUGUUCUAUUUGAUGUAAAACAAAAAAAAGAUAAAUAAAUUCUGAAAUGACUUUGAUCUUAAGCAUCAUUCUGAAGUUUAUUAAUUUAUUUUAAAGAAAUGACUUGAUUCAUAACAGAAUAUGGCUUUAACCUGUUAUUAAAAUGGACCCCUCUGCAUCUGUCAGCAUGUAGGUUUUAUAUAGUUUUGUACUUUAUGCUUAAUUAUCAAUGGUGUGGGAAGAAAACCUAUCUGAACAAUCAUGCAAGUAUGUUGUGAUGUUGUCUGUCCAAUUAUCAACAUGUAAUAAAAUCAUUUUGUUAUCUUUUAUACAAUUAAACAAAGC